CGCGGGGCCGCCGGGAGCGGUGACGUGUCCCGAGACCCCGCCCCCCGGCAGGCUAUAUAAGGGGCGGAGCUCACGCCGUCGGUCUUUUUCGCUCCGGGUUUGCCGCCGUCGCCGAGCAGGUGUCGAUUCUCUUUUGCCGAAAGAAAGAACUCAGCUAACAUCCAAAAUGGGAAAGGAGAAGACCCACAUCAACAUCGUCGUCAUCGGCCACGUCGAUUCUGGCAAGUCCACCACCACCGGCCACCUCAUCUACAAAUGUGGGGGCAUCGACAAGAGGACCAUCGAGAAGUUCGAGAAGGAAGCGGCUGAGAUGGGCAAAGGUUCCUUCAAAUAUGCCUGGGUCUUGGACAAGCUGAAGGCUGAACGUGAGCGUGGUAUUACUAUUGAUAUUUCUCUGUGGAAAUUUGAAACAAGCAAAUACUACGUCACCAUCAUUGAUGCUCCUGGACACAGAGACUUCAUUAAAAACAUGAUUACUGGAACUUCUCAGGCUGAUUGUGCUGUCCUGAUUGUUGCUGCUGGUGUUGGUGAGUUUGAGGCUGGUAUUUCCAAGAAUGGGCAGACCCGUGAGCAUGCCCUUCUGGCCUACACCCUGGGUGUAAAACAGCUGAUUGUUGGUGUCAACAAGAUGGAUUCCACUGAGCCACCCUACAGCCAGAAGAGAUAUGAAGAGAUUGUCAAAGAAGUCAGCACCUACAUCAAGAAGAUUGGCUACAACCCAGACACUGUGGCUUUUGUGCCAAUUUCUGGUUGGAAUGGUGACAACAUGCUGGAGCCUAGCUCUAACAUGCCCUGGUUCAAGGGAUGGAAGAUCACCCGUAAGGAUGGCAGUGCCAGUGGAACCACCCUCCUUGAAGCCCUGGACUGCAUCCUGCCACCAACUCGUCCAACUGACAAACCUCUGCGUCUGCCUCUUCAGGAUGUCUACAAAAUUGGUGGCAUUGGUACUGUACCAGUUGGCCGUGUGGAAACAGGUGUUCUGAAGCCAGGCAUGGUGGUUACUUUUGCCCCAGUCAAUGUAACAACUGAAGUUAAAUCUGUUGAGAUGCACCAUGAAGCCCUGAGUGAAGCUCUGCCUGGUGACAACGUUGGCUUCAAUGUUAAGAACGUGUCUGUGAAAGAUGUUCGCCGUGGUAAUGUUGCUGGUGACAGCAAGAAUGACCCUCCCAUGGAAGCAGCUGGCUUCACUGCACAGGUCAUUAUCUUGAACCACCCUGGCCAGAUCAGUGCUGGCUAUGCCCCUGUGCUGGAUUGCCAUACUGCUCACAUUGCAUGCAAAUUUGCUGAGCUUAAGGAGAAGAUCGAUCGUCGUUCUGGGAAGAAGCUGGAGGAUGGUCCCAAAUUCCUGAAAUCUGGAGAUGCUGCCAUCGUUGAUAUGAUCCCUGGCAAACCCAUGUGUGUUGAGAGCUUCUCUGAUUACCCUCCUCUCGGUCGUUUUGCUGUGCGUGACAUGAGGCAGACGGUCGCUGUUGGUGUCAUCAAGGCUGUUGACAAGAAGGCUGGAGGAGCUGGCAAGGUCACAAAGUCUGCCCAGAAGGCCCAGAAGGCUAAAUGAAAAUUCUGUACACCAGCUGCCACCUCAGUCUUAACCAGUGGUGGAAGAACGGUCUCAGAACUGUUUGUCUCAAUUGGCCAUUUAAGUUUAAUAGCAAAAGACUGGUUAAUGAUUACAAUGCAUCGUAAAAGCUUCAGAAGGAAAGGAAUGUUUGUGGACCAUUUGUUUCGUGGCAGUUUAAGUUAUUAGUCUUUAAAAUCGAUAAAUUUUUUAAAAUGGAAACUUGACCAAAAAUCUGUCACAGAAUUUGAGACCAUUAAAGCAGAAGUUCAAUGCUAUGUCUCUGUGUUCUUUGGGUUAAUGUUGAGUUUAUGGCAAAACUUUUAUCUAGUCAUGAUAGAAUAAGAAAUGAUUGUUACUUAAAUACGUUCAUAAGUUGCAAAGCAGAUACUCAAAACUACUUGUUUCUGAAGAGUAGAACAAAAUUCAUACACAGGUUUACUUUUAAACUGAUCUAAGCCUUAAAAACUUUUCUGGUGCUCUUUUCAAAAACUUUUUAGAUUGGAUUGCACAAAUACCAGGUAACAUUUACAGUGUUUUUGUGCAUUUUGUGAAGUAUUGAGUAAACCAAGAAAAUUCUACAUUGAGAAGAAGUGAAUACUUUUAACCUUCAAUACUACAAAGAAAGAAUCCAGUGUUGGGUUUCCAACAUCUUGUACACUGAUCUUUUUAGUCAAAAGCAGAACCAUAUUUUUUUUUUCUGGGAAACCGAUGUUAUGUAGCUCUUCAAAAAUUAAACACUUAUACAUAGAUGUUUUCUAAUAAUUGGUAAGACGGUAAAUAGCCAAAUCUGGAGCUUCUGUCUAGAAUUACACUUUGAUACAAUCUGAGUUACUCACCAUUGUAGCCAACACCAAAUGGCACAGUGGUAUGGUGCCUGCUAUUUUCUUUAACAACAGGGUGAAAAUUUGUAUCAAGCAGUCAGUUGAAGGGAACUUGAGUAUCUAGUCCAAACUUACUAAUAAUCAGUAGACAAAUAACCCCAAGUUAAGUGUUCCGGGUUAUGAGAAUGCUGGCUGUAAUUGGGAAUUCUGGCAUAGAAGCCUUGCUUCAAAUCGGUAAAUGAUGGCAAGCAGUUAAUGGAUAAUCAGAGCUAACUUGCAUAAUGGUGCAGCUGUUUUAUUAACCUUUCACAUGAUUUCCCCACAGCAUCCCCAGGAUAGGUCAAAAAGAUUUGGUAUUUGUGAGGGACUAGUUCCAUGACACCAGUGUGUUUGUUCUGCCUGUAAUGGCUGUAUUAUCUGUGUUCUGUUUUCCUUUCCUUCUACAGCUGUGUGCUUGUUCUGCAGGAACUCACAUCUGUACUGCUUGGAUAGGUCUGAGCCGCUGUUACUUCUUGCUCUUUGUCUGGAUCUUUUCUCCUUUUCUGCUUACCUUCUGUGUCUUUAACUGCAGUGGAACCUUGGAGCAUUACACAGUUUUUGGAGGUACAGUGGAAGCAAGGGCUAGAAAGCUUCAUAGCUGGCUGUGUAAUUCAGUAAAGAAAUCUUAAAUUCUGCUUCUGGAGGUUUGUCAAGUGUCCCCAAGGCAACAGGAAGUACAUACAUAACUUCAAAAUGGAGGCAGACCUACUGUUGGUCAUAAUAAAGUUUGAAGUAUCUUGCCAAAUCUUAGCAUGCGUUUCAGUUAAACUGCUAAAUAUUUUCCAAGAGGCUUCGGUCAAACUGGUUCAGCAGAGUUCUGAUUUGGAUGAAAAACAAAAGCAGCUUUGCACAGGCUGCCUUCAGCGCAGCUCUGCAUUUGUUGGAUUUCCUUCACAUUCCUUUGUUAGGUGCAGGAUGUUUGGUUUGGCCAGCCAUGGCCUGGAUAUGCAACACCCAGUCUGGAGUGCCUCUGUGCACGUUGCACGGUUGUCCUCAGCUGGGCGUACAUGCUCCAUGGUAAUUUGGAAACGGGCUCGUAGUAAGCAACUCCUUCAGAUCCUUAGGGAAAAUAAGGUUGGCCCACAGUGCAGUGUGGUGCUGCUGCUGCAAGAGGCCCUUAGGUUACCUGUGAUCAGAUCAGCUGCCAGAGCUGCUGGGAGGCUGGGUCCCCUUAAAAUGGCCUGGCUGAAGAGCAGAGCAAGAGUCAGCUGCAUAGGUUGUGGCAGAUGGGCUGGUCCUGCUUCCAAAAGGAAAAAAGCCUCUAAAGUAUGGCAUCUAACAACUUCAUGUGUGCAGCAAAACACUAGGGAAUGCUCUGCCUGCAAUACUAGCAAUUGCUUUCAUGUAUGUAAAACCUACAUUUUACAUAUUUGGUUUUUGUAACUUUUACAGACCAGAUUUUCUUUCUAUGCACUAAUGUAAUACCACCUCAGUUCUUUUAUUAAUAUGACUACCUGGGGAAAUUGUUAGACUUUUGUAAACAAAAUUUCGGAAUAAAACUACUUCGAUCAAGCUUAAUAAAUGUCCUUAGUUGAGAA